AUGUUGGAUGAGUUUCUGGAUGAGUUGCGAAGUCCCGCAGUGUUUCUGUAUAUUUCGAUGUUACUCUCGUGGUGUGUUGUAAGCAGUACACAGCUCGGCGAUUCGGUUGAACUUGAAUUCAAAGCAUAUCGCCUACAGCAAUACGAUGUUGUUGGUUCACCACGUGGUAGCCGCUCCUGGAAAGUGAUGUACGAGGCAGUUUCGUUGGAUGGUAAUGCAUUGAGACGAUGCCUGGUAGUCAGUUGGCGAGAUUUAUUGGGCCGAGAUUUACAGCGUUUAUUCGGCCAAACACUCAGCGCUGUCCUCAUAGUACUGCCAAGCAGUUUAUCCAACCUCACGCCUGCUACACGUAACAAAUUGGCAACACUGGAAACGAGUUUGUUGCAUGUAAAUACAGAUGCAGCAGUUUAUGUGGCACUGCAACAGCCCGAAUUGCAGUCACUGCUUUCCGAAGUGACCGUCUUCUCAAAAAGGUAUUUUUUAGUUUUUUAUCGUUUUCUUAUGAGUUCUUAUCCUACCUAUAUCCAUAGAUUUCGGCGGGCAUUCAGGAUUAUCUUGAAUUUAUCCAGAAAUUUUUUCGAAAAAAGUGAUACAAAUAAAAGGGACUUGGAGCAGGUGAUGCACAUAAACCGGACCAAGGUGAUGGGUACCACCUAA